UUGAGGGUUGAACUUAAGAAAAAAAUUCUCACAUAAGUACACCACAAUUUUGAUGAUGGCUACAUGUUAUCGUUCUACAAAAUCACGGUUAGAUUAUAUAAAAUCACGGCGUCACUCUGAUUAAGUAGAAACAAUAGAAGAAACCUCUCCCUUUUUCCAUCUGGUAUUACACUGCAUCAAUCCAUUCCCAAUUUCCUCAUAAAUCAGAAAAGAAAAAAUAGGAUGAAGAAACAUUUACUCAAACCAAUACCAAAACAACCACCAUCACCACCACCACCAAUCCUCAACCCACCGCCACCACCAAAACCAAACACAUCCCUUUUCCCUCCCACACUCUCUCCCACCCAACACUACAAUCACUUCCUCCAAUUCCUCAACACCCACCUCACCCAUCCCCUCACCCCACAAACCCUCACUCACUUCCUCAAAUCAAAACUCCAUCACCACCCUUCAUUCACCCACUUCGAUUUCCAUCUCUUCACAUGGGCAUCAACCCUCGACACUUUCUCUCACAACCACACUUCCUUCCAGUGGAUGACACGUACCCUCGCUCUCUCUCAUCGUUUCUCUCUCCUCCGUACCCUCCUCCAUUUCAUUUCCUCCAACCCUUGUAAUUGCUCUCACGCCAUUUUCUCUUGCCCUGAAACCGAACCCAUUUUCUUGUUCGCAAUUCAGGCUUAUUGUAAAGCUUCCAAAUUUGAUGAUGCCCUUUUCGCUUUUAACUGUAUGCGUAGGUUAAUCGAUGGAAAGCCGCAUGUUUCUGUAUGUAAUGUUUUGAUUCAUGGGUUUGUUAAAUCUGGCAGGGUUGAUAGAGCUUUUGAAUUUUAUAAUGAGAUGGUUAGAGAUAGGGUUAAGCCUGAUGUUUUUACUUUUAAUAUUUUGAUUAGUGGGUAUUGUAGGAAUUUGAAAUUUGGUCUUGCAUUGGAGUUGUUUGAUGAAAUGAGGAAAAUGGGGUGUCAUCCAAAUGUUGUUACUUUUAAUACUUUGAUUAAGGGGUUGUUUAGGGAACGUCGGGUUGAUGAAGGGAUUGGGAUGGUUUAUGAGAUGAUUGAAUUGGGGUGCCAACUUUCCGAUGUCACUUGUGAGAUUUUGGUUGAGGGGCUUUGCAAGGAAGGUAGGGUUUCGCAGGCGUGUGAGUUGUUAAUGGAGUUUUCUAAGAGAGAGGUUUUGCCUAAAGGGUAUGAUUAUUUUGUUUUGGUGCAAGUUUUGUGUGGGAAAGAAGAUGUUUUGAAAGCUUUGGAGAUUAUUUAUGAGCUAUGGAGCAAAGGGUGUGUUCCUAGCUUGAUUGCUUGUAUUGUGAUGAUUGAUGGUUUGAGAGGAUUGGGGAAGAUUGAAGAGGCAAUGAGAUUGGUGGAAAAAAUGCUUAAAGAUGAGGGUAUGGUACUUGAUGUUGUGACUUUCAAUUCUGUUCUUCAAGAUGUUUGCAAUGCGGGAAGGACAGAAGAAGCAAAUAGAUUAAGAUUACUUGCUUUGAGCAAGGGUUUGGAACCCGACGGCAUGACUUAUAAAAUUCUGGUUACUGGGUAUGCAGGAGAGCGAAAUCGAACAGAAGGAGAGUUGGUGGUAAAUGAAAUGUUGGAUAGGGGGUUCAUACCUGAUCUUGCUUCAUAUAAUAGACUGAUGGAUGGACUAUCUAAUUGUCAACACGGCAGGCGUUAUCGUGUGAACAAAAUUGGCAGCUGAAAAUGCAAACAUUUAAGAGUUAACUUGGUUGUCAAAUAUGAUUCUUGCUUGGGAUAAGAUGGUAUUGGAAUGAUUGAGAAGUGAGCCUGUAAAAGAGUCAGAUGAUUAAUACAAGUUACAUAAACCACUAAUGGUCUAUUGUGCAACGAAGAAGGUACAUAAACCACUAGUGAGCCUCUGUGACCUUUAUUUACAAAAUCAAAGGAAUGCUGAAGUUGAAGUAUUUGAUAACCAUAUGGAUAUUGAAGUACUCUACCGAGGCUGAAGAGAUGUGUGAUAGUUCAAGUUCAAACCUGCGCCCCUAAAAAUCAAAUGUUUCUGCGGCCUUUUCCCGUAUGAGUUGCACUUAUGGGACACUACAAUGUCAAUUUUAAGGCAUGUUUUUGUGAUGAACAUGGCGUCCCAAAAAUUACACAGUGUGACUAGGCGUCACGGCUGUUUGCUUUAAUGGUUUAAUCAUUGUUUCAGAGGGUCAUAAGCAUUUCAAUGUGUCCAUGGUGAAAUGGAGCUGAGUGAAUGCUGUAAUCUCCUCAAUUGUGUUCCCACAAGCGCAAGUAUAGCAAAGAUGCUCAUCGAAAAGUUAGGCUCCAUUAAUCUUAAUAUGUAUGCUACUACAAGUUCAUCGGUUAAGAUGCAGCUGCUUCAGUCUGUAAUCAAUACUGUUAUGGGGGAUUUACAAAUGGAUAAGUAAAAAGUAUCCAUUGUAGUAGGCUUCUUGAUAGGUAUAAUUUUGUUUACAGUUUGAAGUUGUGUUUCAAACACUAAUAUGCUUGUGAUUCAAGGAACGAGAAGGGAAAAUGCUAGUUGAUUGAGAAUGUUAAUAAACAGUCAUAUUGAUUUAUCUAGUAAAAUCUAGCUAAUCAUUGGGAAAAAAAUUUCCACGGGUUGAACAACACAUAUAUUAGAAUAGGUUGUUAUUUUUUGUCUUAAUCAUUCGGUAUUUGGAGGAAAUUGUUUGGUAAAAGUUGGUCAAAGAAUGUUAUAAUUGAGGUUGAACAAUUCAUCUUUAAUUUUAA